AUGGCAACCAGAAAUGCUCCGCCUCCGCCGGCUCCGAAACCUGGACGGGUCAAAGUUUAUCGAGCCCUUUAUGAUUUUAAAGCAAGAAGUGACCAAGAAUUGUCAUUCAAUGAAGGCGAUUUGUUGUAUGUCAGUGAUCAGGCUCCAAAUAAUGAUUGGUAUACGGCGAGUAUCGGAGGAAGAAAGGGAUUAGUCCCAACUAAUUACGUGAUCAGCGAGAAUGUCGAAGAGCUUCCGAAUCCAUUGCACGAAGCUGCUCGUCGAGGCAACAUGGAAAUGCUCAACGAAUGCAUACAGGAGCAGGUCUCGGUGAAUAGUCUCGACAAAUCAGGAUCAACUCCGAUUUAUUGGGCAUCGCAUGGCGGCCAUAUCGAAGCUGUCAAGCAUCUUCUAGCUGUUCCGAACGUGGUUAUUUCUUCUCAGAAUAAACUCGGAGACACUCCUCUUCAUGCUGCCGCCUAUAAAGGGCAUGCCGAGGUUGUGCAGCUUUUAUUGAAGAAAAAUGCGGACCCAUUUGUUCAUAAUAUCGAAAAUAAGAGGCCGAUUGAUGUGGCCAAGGAUGCCGAUGUUCGUGCACUACUCGAUCAAGCAAUGAAAGCAGAUAGGAUCAAUGAGAGUGAGUAUGAUGAAUAUCAAUCAGAUUCUGAUGCCGAUUAA